AUGACGCCCAAGAAGCUUCCUCCGGAGUCCCUCCCCGGGCGAAGCCCCUCCGGCGGCGGAUUCCAGCCGAUCACGAUCCACGUCCGUAUCAACAGGGACAGGAGCUACCUCCCCAGCGACAGCAUAUUCGAGUUCAGGUACGUGGUGGAGCAUGUGCCUCGGCGGCCUACACAAUCUCCGGCGCAAAGGUUGGAAGAACCUGCAGACCUAAAGGAGUCGCCCAACACCGCAACGUUGGAGGAGAAAUUUUCCGGCAGCACUGCCACUGCCACUUCCUCCUCCUCCUCUCGGCAGUCAGGUCAGGACACCAUUAUGGCCUCGCCACCAUCAGGCUCGUCACGCAUUUGGGGCCAAGUACGGCAUGACUGGGGAUUCGUAUAUUACAUCAGGGUCGAUCUCGGGGGAUGUUUCCACACAUAUCCUCACACCGGCGGGCGAUUUCAGAGUUCAGAGGAAGCAGAGAGCGCCAUGGAUCGCUAUUUCCACGAGCGUCGGGAUCCAAAACUGUUAGUGAACCAAGGUGUGGUUCCUUCAGUUGAGAUGGCCAUAGAAAAAGCUCUUUACUGGCCUGAUGGCAGAAGGAAGAAGCGUUCGAAAUCGCUUGUGGCUGAGCAAACCGGUAGUCAGGUCCACCGAUUAGUAGAAGCUUUGGUGGACAAGCAUAAUGAGGAUCACAAUCUUCCCGGGGAUCUUGCAUAUGAACUCAAAGAUGUUGUGCACUACCGAGAAUUUUGUGAGAAGCGUACUUGGUUCUAUCAUCUCAAUUUCACCAUGACUAAAGUAGCAGGUGAUUUCAAUUGUGGCAACGACAACAACCUGUUCUUUGCGGAAGUCAAAUGUGUGCGACAAGGAAAGCAAGAAGAAUUGUUGGUCAGUUGUUUGUGCAUGGUUAGUCCUACCAAAAAUGGUCUCUGCUAUGGUUGCACCAACAAUGGAAGUGUCAACAUGAAGCACCCAAAUAGUGUAGAUGAAUACAUCGGUGGCCACUUGGACGUGCGCUCAUCAUUCGGAUGUCACGCAGAGUGGAGCGACUCCGAUGAUGAUGUGGAAGCCAAGAAGAAGGAACUGAGACGUUUGUUCACGGGAAGUGAUGAUCCAAAUGUGAAGACGAUCUUGUGGAUGCAUCCGGAUGAAGUUUUGCUGGAAGAAGACUAAGAGAAUGACCCAACCCGAGCUCAAGAUCCAAGUAGUUCAGUUUGCUCUUUCCUGUUUUGCUAAGACACCAAGAUGAUAAAGACGGUUUCACUCGAGAUGGACAAGCUUGUAGCUACACAUACUUUUUCACGUUGUUGAUAUGU